AUGACUCAAUUCACUUUGACUGUGGCCACUCGUGCCAACCACUCGGCACUGUUGCCUGUGGUGCUUAUUGCGACCUCCGUCAAUCAGGCUAGCCCUAGCCCUGUCAUCAACAUCGUUUAUGAGGACACUACUCUUCUGAGUGAUGGAGACAAGACCAUUCUCCAGCUAACAGCUGGUUCCAAGUCAGUGUUUGGCACUCAAAAUGCUAUCCAGGAGCUUUCCGCUAGCUUCCCCUUCCUUUCUGGCAAGGAUACCAAGCUUGAGAAUGAUUGGCUGUCUCAGUUGGAAAGCCUGGUUCCUUUGGACUUCAAGGUCAUCGAGCCUGUCCUCCAGCGCCUAGACACUCACCUCCUUCUCCGCUCUUUCGUCGCCGGAUACUCCCUCUCUACCCCAGACAUUGCCCUCUGGGGUGCUAUUCGCGGAAACCGUAUUGCUAUUGCGGCCCUGAAGAAAGGUACACUCGUGAAUUUGACCCGCUGGUACACUUUCUUGAACGAGUUGUGCCCUUGGGCCGCUACUACCACCGAAUCCUUGAGCGCCGCCGCCAAGGAGAAGAAACUGGCCAAAGCCAAGGAGGGUGCCAACUACGACAUUGCUCUGCGCAACACCGACAACGGUGUCGUGACCCGUUUCCCACCUGAGCCUUCAGGUUAUCUCCACAUCGGCCACGCCAAGGCUGCUCUUCUCAACGACUAUUUUGCUCACGAGAAGUACAACGGUACUCUUCUUCUCCGAUUUGAUGAUACCAACCCUUCGAAUGAAAAGCAAGAGUUCGAGGAUGGCAUUGUGGAGGAUCUUGCUCUCAUGGGUAUCAAGCCCAACAAAGUGUCAUAUACUAGCGACUAUUUCGACGAGCUCUACGACUUCGGCAUUACGAUGAUUAAGAACGGAUAUGCGUACGCCGAUGAUACUGACAAGGAGACUAUGUCAGCUCAGCGAAUGGAUGGCAUUCCCAGCGUGCGCCGCGAACUCACCAUCGAUGAAUCCCUGGCCCGCUUCGAGGUGAUGAAGAAGGGAACCCCCGAAGGUCUCAGAUGGUGCAUCCGCGCCAAGAUUUCUUUCGACGAUAAGAACAAGUGUAUGCGCGACCCUGUCAUCUACCGCUGCAACCCUACACCCCACCACCGUACUGGCUCAAAGUGGAAGAUUUACCCCACCUAUGACUUUGCCUGCCCUAUUGUUGACUCGAUGGAGGGUGUUACCCACGCUCUGCGUACUAUUGAAUACCGGGACCGUAACCCACAGUACCAGUGGAUGUUGGAUACACUUAAGCUGCGCACUGUGCAGGUCUGGGACUUUGCCCGUAUGAACUUUGUCCGCACUCUUCUUUCUAAGCGCAAGCUCACCAAGCUCGUGGAGAGUGGUGUUGUCUGGGGCUGGGAUGACCCUCGUUUCCCUACUAUCCGUGGUAUUCGCCGUCGCGGUAUGACCAUCCCUGCACUCCGCGAGUUCAUCCUCAAGCAAGGUCCUUCCAAGAACGUUACCUUGUUUGACUGGACUCUUAUCUGGGCUACCAACAAGAAGUACAUUGACCCCGUUGCUCCGCGUCACACUGCUAUUACGGAACAGGAUACUGUCAAGGCAACUGUCACCGGUGGCCCAACUACCCCAUACACCGAGCAGCGUGCUAAGCAUGCCAAGAACCCCGCCGUGGGUGAGAAGACUGUUGCCUUUAGCUCUUCCAUUAUUCUGGAGCAGGAGGACGUGAAGCUCUUCAAGCAGGACGAGGAGAUUACACUCAUGAAUUGGGGUAACGCCAUUGUCCGCAAGAUCUCCACCGAUGCUGCCACUGGUACUAUCACUGGCCUCGAGCUGGAGCUGCACAUGGCUGGCGACGUUAAGAAGACCGAGAAAAAGGUCACUUGGCUGUCUACUGAGGGCCAGGAGUUGGUCCCUGUCGAGCUUGUUGACUUUGACUACCUAUUGAAGAAGGAUUCGCUUUCCGAGGAUGACGUUUUGGAGGACUUCCUAAACUACGACACCGAGUUCCGUGUGAGUGCUUUUGCCGACUGUAACGUUGCCGACCUUAAAGUCAGCGAUAUUAUCCAGUUUGACCGCAAGGGAUACUACCGCGUGGACCGUGCCGCCGCCCCUGGUGUUCCUGCGGUGUUCUUCAACAUUCCCAGUGGAAAGUCGAAAUAG